AUGCCUCAACGUCUCUCUAUAUAUACUCCGUUACGAUCCACUUUCUCCUACCGCGUCACGGUCGCCAGAUUUAGCACGAGCAGCGACAAUGCCGUCAUCCAGACCCAGCACGUUCCCGCCCCAGGGUCGGGGAACAUUCGCGUCCUGCUUUUGAACCGGCCCAAGGCACGCAACGCAAUCUCUCGCGAUCUCCUCGACGGGCUUGCCAGGAAUGUUAAAUCUAUUGCCGCUGAAGGAGGCUCAGGGCCAACGCGUGCUCUGGUCAUCGGCAGCAACGUCGACUCGGCCUUCUGCGCGGGCGCAGAUCUCAAGGAACGUGCGGGCAUGAGCCGGGAAGAAACAGCCGAAUUCUUAUACAAUCUGCGAAGCACCUUCCGCAACCUCUCGGAGCUCCCCAUUCCCACCAUCUCCGCCGUUUCCUCUAUGGCGCUGGGCGGCGGCCUUGAACUUGCUCUAAGCACACAUCUUCGCGUCUUCGGCUCCUCGUGUAUGGUCGGACUUCCCGAGACAAGGUUGGCCAUUAUUCCUGGGGCUGGAGGUACCUAUCGCCUCCCCAGUCUGAUUGGCGUGAACCGUGCACGGGACCUUAUUCUCACUGGACGGCGCGUAUCCGGCCCGGAGUCGUAUUUCAUCGGCCUAUGCGAUCGGCUUGUGGAGGUGCUCCCGGAAGAGGAAGGAAAGGAGGGUGUGGCGAGGGAGAAGGUCCUCACGGAAAGUAUCAAGCUGGCGCUGGAGAUCUGUGAGGGCGGGCCAAUUGCCAUCAAGCAGGCCUUGAAGGCUGUGAGUGAGUAUCAACGGGGCGAGGAGGCUGAAAAUGAGGCGUACGACGGCGUGAUGGGCACCGAAGAUCGGUUUGAGGCUCUCAGGGCGUUCGCGGAAAAGCGGAAGCCCGUCUUCAGGGGGCGAUGA